GUUGACUCCGCAUCAGUGGCUGCACAUUAUCUGUUUGUGUUUCUGGAACAUGGUGGGGAAGUGGCAAAAAAAUGGCCAGGGGACGUGGGCAAGACAUUCGGGACCGCGGAGUGGAGGCGAUCGGGAGUGGGAGGCAACCAACCUUCUUUGGCGGUUGAAUAGCGACGGGAGCCUUGACGGGGAUGGUGUCGGACUUCCUGGUACUGUUCCUCGUGAGUCCCAAAGCCUGGAAGAAGCGCAUGGUGGUUAGCACGGUAUGGUCUGACGCAGAACGGGGAUGAAGCUGAGCUCGAUAGCAAGGACAAGGCAGGGUGAUGCGGAAAGCGAGGGCGUGAGGGGAGUCGCAAGAGCCCGAGUCUCUUCCAUAUCUCAGAGCCUGAGCCGAGUGAAAGGCGUUGUCGAGGCACGACUGGAUGAGCGGGAACGAGGGAAAGAGGCAACAUGGACCGUCGAGGCUCGGAGGUCGGGGAUCAAAGGCAGUGCAGGUUUCGCAGAAGGAGCAAACGGCGGAGGCAAUGACGAACCUUCUUCAUCUUGUGUAACUGGGUGCCGCCCGGGCAGUCGUGAGUCUCUCGUCGCUCGGAUGUUGGAGGUUGGAAAAAAAGAGAUCAGGAUGGCGAGACCGGUUGGUUUGGUGGUACUACGGCCAGACCCAGAAGUGUACUACUACGGCUGCGGUAGGACUGGGCGCGGACUGGGCGCGGACUGGGCGCACACAGGCACACGCACACGCACACGCAGGGGUGGAUGGGAAGAAGGGGGGCGUAGCGCACGCAGGACGUCCGUAGCCCGUAGCGGGUUAAAAGGAAUAGGAAGGAGGGGGUGGAGACGGUGCAGCGCUGUGCCUGACGGCGAAAAGUCGUCAAGGAAUCGUUGGUCGUCGCCGGCUUUGUGCGGACGCGUAUGAUUGAUGGAGCGACUUGGAGCGACUGCGAGCGAGUCGUGUUGAAUGCAAUGUCGGGACCGCUUGCUGCACUCUGCGUAUUUUGUCCAGGGCCUGCAAAAACCCUCAAGGGAAAUGAUGAAUAAACAGCGAUCCCAAUCCAACCGUC